UGAGCAUAUGUCUCGCUUCACUCAUGGCAAUGAAUAUCAUAUCUCUCUGUACUCUUGUCAAUCUUUUAUCAGUUGUCGUCUCUCAGACAACGCCUCUGCAGACUCCAGCAUUUCAGCAUGUCUCGGUUGGAAGCACUGUCAGGAUGAACUGUCACACGGGCUGGUAUGCAGUGGGAGGUGUUUAUUGGUAUAAACAGAAAGUGCGAGAAAAUCUGCAACUCGUUUAUAUGGUGAAGAGAAUCUCCUAUCCAGCUGGGAGAUUUUCUGGAGAAUUUAAUGACAAUAUGAAUAUUUAUACGCUUGUGAUUCACAAUGUCCAGAGAAAUGAUUCUGGUCUGUAUUCCUGUGCUGGUAGGAAAUCGUACCUUAACCCCUUCAAAUUCGGAAAUGGGUCGAGACUGCUCAUAGCAGGCUCUCCCACCAUAGUUCUUUUAUCCCCACCGCCGAAUGAAACAUUUUCUGUGGAAACUGUGCCAUUGAUGUGUUUAGUGAGCAACGUGAUCUCUGACACCCUUCCUAUCCACUGGAAUAUUUCCACUUGGGAUUCUGAGAGUUGGACAGAAUCUGUGACAGUAGACUCCGCCGGUGCAGAUAAUAUCAGAAGUCAUAUCAUAGUCCCAGCAGGUUGGAAAAAUAGCAUUGUGUGCGCUUGCUCAGUUCAACUCAACUCAACUACAAGUCGUGUCAGCGAACGUGUUUCGUAUCAUAGAGAGGACGCUGGUUUUCCUUGCCUUUUAAUAUUUUAUGGGAGUUCAUCGGUACUGAUUCUCCUUCUUCUGGCGUUUACUGUCUACGUGGGUUGGAGCUGCAGGAAUUCUGACUCAGGAAACUGGAACACGGCUGAGAAAUCCACAGAUUUUAGACCACGUGAUCCAAAGCCGGAGACCCUCUACGCUGAUUUGGCAUUUAAUGAAGAUCUGAUACGUUGAUAGAUCAAACACGCAUGAAGUGAAGAAUAUGUCCCAGGUUUUCUCCUACUGCAAAGUCACUAAGAAGCUUUCUUUAGUCGUAAUUGAAGGACUUUCUUCCUCGAAUUUGUGCUGUGCCCGUGUAUUUUAAGACCCAUUCAUACCGGCGUGGAAAUGUAGUUCAAAAGAGAAUCCGACACAAUUAACACUGAAGUGUCAACCUGUUCCCCCAGAUGAAGAUUGCAUUAUCACUAAUCAAUGUAAUUCUUAAUUGUCACUGAGGAAUUCCGAGUUCCAAGUGGGGUUGGUCCACACAGAAGUGAUUCAAACUCUACUGAGGACCGCUUUCAUUCUUGUUAUUGUUUUUCUUUGAAGUAUGUGCAUAUUGCUGAUAAGAUCAAAAUUCAUUAAGAAUCGUCGAUGUUCGUUUAGAACUUGGUACCAAGUUUCCCGUGUAUGUGCUGUUAAUUUUGUAAUGACAGGAAUAUCGAAGUGUCAUAAGGCGGCACUGGAAGAAUAAUUGCAGGUUUAUAAGUUAUUCUGGUGAGAAAUUUGGAUUCGAACGUCUACUCUGAUUUAAUUUGCUUUAUUGUUGUCAGAUGUAACUAUGAGGAGAAAGUGAGGUCUGCAGAUGCUGGAGAUCAGAGCUGAAAAUGUGU